AAUGAAUUGUUUCGAAUAAUACAAUAUUUCGACUUUGAUAGGGACAUUAUCAAUAUAAUGUGCUGCAGCAAGAAAUUAAAAACCAUGGCGAUGGAACAUUUAUUAAAUGGUUAUCACAACUCGGAGCAAUUUGUCAAAUAUUUCAUUUCAUACAAAACUUUUAAUUGCAAAAUGACUUGCGAAUUAUUAAAUUUCAUCGUGGAAACAUUAAAGAAUGAAAAUGAAUUAUUGAAUUUGAAUAGAAUUAAUUUGACAAACUUUGGAGGAAGAUUGACCUAUGCAAUGAUUGAUAAAAUUUGUGGAUUAAUUGCGAAAUUUAAUAUUAGAGAGGUUUUAUGUUGGAGGAUGAGGGAGAGUGUUUAUUGGAUUGAAGUUAUUGUGCCAACUAAAUUGAAGAUUGUGGAGAGGUUUACAAUUUUGGAGAGGGAUUUGAAUAGGUUCACUCCUUCUCUAAAGUAUUUUACAAAAUCUAGUGCAUUGCAGAGUUUAUCUGAAUUGAAUGGGUUGACCUUGCAAAAGAAGGAGGAUGUUGAGAAGUUUUGUCAGAAUCAAUUAUUGUGUGAAUCUUUGAAAAGACUAACUGUCUAUUUGCCUCAAUCAAUUUCAAUAUUUGAUUUUGCAUUCAGAAAAAUUAUCAAGAAUUGUAAGAACCUCAUAGAGUUGAAUGUUUUGAUAGCCUAUUGUAUUGAACCUGUUCAUUUGGAUUUGAAUUUUGAUGAAGAAUUAAUUACCCUAAGCACAGAAUGUAAUACUUUGAAAAUUUUGAGAAUUGACAGCAUGUACAUGCAUCCUCAAAAUAGAUUUCUAAAAAAAUUAUCACCCGAGUUGAGAUUUAUCCCAGAAAUACCAGAAAAAAUCUCAAAGAAUUUAUUUCCCAAUCUAACCGAGCUCUAUAUCCAUACGAGAAAUAACAAUCAAGAUCCAUCACUUCAUGCAUACAGUGGGAAACUAGCUCUUCAAUGUCUCAUUCCCUCACAUGAACUCAGUUGCAUGGAUGUUACUAACGAAUUCUUCAAUAUUACAUUUCCAAAGUGUAAUAAUAUAGCCCUAAGUGGAGAUUUUAUUGGAAUUGCUGACAAGAUUCCAAACUAUACACAUGUCCAAAGUUUGAAAUUGAAUAAUUUAUUCGAUAGACCAGAUAGAUACAUUUCGAGAUUUCACAGAUAUUUGAAUUUGAAAUCGUUAUCACUUUUCCGAGUGAACGUCAAACAUGGCGAGCAUUUAACCAUGAGUAAGAUCAAAUUUGCAACCUUCAUUGAAGAACUGACCGUCAAGAAUUCUCUCCUUCAUCACAACUUUCUUCAACAAUUAGUAGUGAGCACUUCAUCUUUGAAAUCGCUAGUGUUGGAACAAAUAGAUACGUACAAGGAUUCUAUCAGUAUUGAAAUAGAUACUUCCAACACAUCUUUUUCGAGUUUGAAUACUGUUCGAGUGAUUGACUGUUGUGGAACCUAUGUGGAAAUGUUGAAAUUUAUUCUCAACGAUAAUCCAUCCUCUAUCAACUAUUUACAAUUGAAAUCGUGUGACGAUUCUCUAGAUUAUGAAUUUUUGGAAAGUCUCUUUUCCAUUGCUUCCAGACCAGAGAAUGUGUUUAUUGAGGGAAUUGAAUUUAAUGAUGCACUGAUUGAAAAGUAUUUGAAUUGGAGAGUAUUUCCAUCCACAAUAGAUUUUUCUUUUCAGGGAAGAAGCAUUACAAGCAAAUUCUUACUCAAUCCAAAGAAUUGUGACACAAUUCACAAAAUAUCAACUCUUUCGCUCCCAUUUUGUCCAAUUGAAAAUGAUGAUUUUUGUGAAAUUUUGGAUUACUUGAAUAGAGAUCGAGUUGAGAAGAUUGAAAUUAAUCUGGGAACAUCUGGUCCUACUGUGGAAACUUUUGAAGAAUUGUCCAAUUUCAAAUCACUUCAAAUAUUGGACAUUCGUGGAAUGGUAGAAGAUUUAGACUCCAACAGCCAAUCUCUCCUCAAUGAUUCCAUUCGAGAAUUAAUUAUUGAAAUGCCCAAUCUCAGAGAGUGUAAUUUGGAUUGUUGGAAUAUGACUCCACAAGAAAUAGAGGCAGUCAAAUUAACAAUAAGAUCUAAGGGGAGAUCAGCACCCAAGUUGAAUAAUAAUAUUAACCUACCAAAACCUAAUCAAUGCUUGAUUUCCUAAAUAAACAAUUCUAAUUUG